UAAUGGGGAUCUUACAGCCAGGGAGACCUGCAAGGCUGGAUUCUCUGAGGAAGACUACAAGGCAUUAAUCUCGGAAAAUAUUCUGGAAGGAGAGAGGCUACUCAAAGUCACCUUCAGCAGCUGUUUGGGGACCAAGGGGAUGCGGUAUGAGACCAACAGCGUGGACUUCAAAGUAGAGGCAGAUGGGACGGUCUUCGCCACGCGGGAGUUGCGGAUCCCCUCCGAGCAGGUGGCGUUCACCGUGACCGCAUGGGACCGCCAGACCGCCGAGCGAUGGGACGCCGUGGUACGCCUGCUGGUGGCCCAGCCUUCAUCCACGCACCCGGCACACAAGAAAGGAACACAGAGUGCCGCCCUGGACACCUCUCAGCCUCCGAAGGACAUGCUGUUGCCAUGGCCCCAGCACCAGAGCGCCAACGGGCUGAGGAGGCAGAAACGAGACUGGGUCAUCCCACCCAUCAACGUGCCAGAAAAUUCCCGAGGGCCCUUCCCCCAGCAGCUCGUGCGGAUCCGGUCUGACAAAGACAACGACAUCCCCAUCCGGUACAGUAUCACGGGCGUGGGCGCCGACCAGCCCCCCAUGGAGGUCUUCAGCAUCGACUCCAUGUCUGGCCGGAUGUACGUCACCCGGCCCAUGGACCGGGAGGAGCGGGCCUCCUACCACCUCAGAGCACACGCGGUGGACAUGAACGGCAACAAGGUGGAGAACCCCAUCGACCUGUACAUUUACGUCAUCGACAUGAACGACAACCGCCCCGAGUUCAUCAACCAGGUCUACAACGGCUCCGUGGACGAGGGCUCCAAGCCAGGCACCUAUGUGAUGACCGUCACGGCCAAUGAUGCGGACGACAGCACCACAGCCAACGGGAUGGUGCGGUACCGGAUCGUGACCCAGACCCCGCAGAGCCCGUCCCAGAACAUGUUCACCAUCAACAGCGAGACAGGGGACAUUGUGACCGUGGCAGCAGGCCUGGACCGAGAGAAAGUUCAGCAGUACACUGUCAUCAUCCAGGCCACAGACAUGGAGGGGAACCUCAACUACGGCCUCUCAAACACAGCCACGGCCAUCAUCACCGUGACAGACGUGAAUGACAACCCGCCAGAGUUCACCGCGAGCACGACAAACAGCAGUGGGGGCCUUGGCUCGCCAGCCUGGAGGGACCAGCACCUACUGAGAGCUGGCGCCGGGGAGGGGUGCCACCCCCGGGGAGCUGGAGCCCCAGGAGCCGGGCUACUGCCCUCCCAGGGCAUGAUGGGAAGGCACGGGGGGGGGCCCUUUACCCCAAACUCUUUCUCCUCCCAUUGGCAGACCGCAGGGGAAGCCAGAGACCAGGGAGUCCGGAGACAGCUUCCCUUGGGACGAGCGUCCUGGGCUCAAAGCAGGGCUGGAGGAGCGGGAGCAGACUGGGGUGGCAGGUGCAGACCCACCAGCCCUCGGCCACCGCCCUCCGACCCGGCCCCGCAGGCCCCUGCACCAGCCCACCGUCUCGGGCUUCUCUCGUUCCAGGCAGUUGACUACGAGCUGAACAGAGCGUUCAUGCUGACUGUGAUGGUGUCCAACCAGGCUCCCCUGGCCAGUGGGAUCCAGAUGUCCUUCCAGUCCACGGCAGGGGUGACCAUCUCCGUCAUGGACAUCAACGAGGCGCCCUACUUCCCCUCGAACCACAAGCUGAUCCGCCUGGAGGAGGGCGUGCCCACUGGCACCGUGCUGACCACGUUUUCGGCGGUGGACCCUGACCGUUUCAUGCAGCAGGCCGUGAGAUACUCCAAGCUGUCGGACCCCGCGAACUGGCUGCACGUUAACGCCACCAACGGUCAGAUCACCGCGGCGGCCGUGCUUGACCGCGAGUCCGUCUACAUCAAAGACAACGUCUAUGAGGCCACCUUCCUGGCGGCCGACAACGGGAUCCCCCCCGCCAGCGGCACCGGGACCCUCCAGAUCUAUCUGAUCGACAUCAACGACAACGCCCCUGAGCUCCUGCCCAAGGAGGCGCAGAUCUGCGAGAAGCCCGGCCUGAACGCCAUCAACAUCACAGCGGCCGACGCCGACGUCGACCCCAACAUUGGCCCCUAUGUCUUCGAGCUGCCCUUCGUCCCGGCCACUGUGCGGAAGAACUGGACCAUCACCCGCUUAAACGGUGACUACGCCCAGCUGAGCCUGCGCAUCCUGUACCUCGAGGCUGGCGUGUACGACGUCCCCAUUAUCGUCACCGACUCCGGGAACCCCCCGCUGUCCAACACGUCCAUCAUCAAGGUCAAGGUGUGCCCGUGCGACGAGAACGGGGACUGCACCACCAUUGGUGCGGUGGCCGCGGCCGGUCUGGGCACCAGCGCCAUCGUGGCCAUCCUGGUCUGCAUCGUCAUCCUGCUCACCAUGGUCCUGCUGUUUGUCGUGUGGAUGAAGCGCAGGGAGAAGGAGCGCCACACCAAGCAGCUGCUCAUUGACCCCGAGGACGACGUUCGCGACAACAUCCUCAAGUACGACGAGGAAGGGGGCGGUGAGGAGGACCAGGACUAUGACCUCAGCCAACUCCAACAGCCAGAGGCCAUGGAGCACGUGCUGAGCAAGGCCCCUGGCGUGCGGCGGGUGGACGAGCGGCCCGUGGGCGCCGAGCCCCAGUACCCCGUCAGGCCGGCGGUGCCCCACCCGGGAGACAUCGGGGACUUCAUCAGCGAGGGACUCCGAGCCGCCGACAAUGACCCCACGGCACCCCCCUACGACUCCCUGCUGGUCUUCGACUACGAAGGGAGCGGUUCUACCGCAGGCUCCGUCAGCUCGCUGAACUCAUCCAGCUCCGGGGACCAAGACUACGAUUACCUGAACGACUGGGGGCCCAGGUUCAAGAAGCUGGCAGACAUGUACGGAGGGGGCGAGGAGGACUGAGCAGCCGCUCCGCCCCAGACGCCGGCGGAGCGGGACCGGGGGGAGGCGCCGGGCUUCCCGACUCCCUGCGGACGUGUCAUUUAGUGGUGUGUUAGGGGGUCCCUCCCCGCCCCAGCCCCCCCAACAGUGAGCUGUCUGGCAUGAACACUUCUCGCCCCGCGGCACGCGGCACCCACCACAGCUGACUAGCUCUGAAGGACAGCGAGAGGCACUCGGUCUUCACUUGAAUUUCUUAGAACAGAAGCACUGUUUUUAAAAAAAAAAAAAAAAAAUGAAAGUGCCUUUUGGUACAUGUAUCAGAUUCCCUCAAACUCAGGAGUGACGAAAAGCAAGCAGACAGACCACGUAUGUCCCCCCAACCCCAGUCCUGAGCGCCCCCAGCCCCAGCUGGUCCCAGCUCUGGAGACACCAAUUAAGGAAUCGGGGAGAAUGGGUCUUUUUCUUUUUCUUUCUUUUUUUUUUUUGUCUUUUAUUAAGAAAAGAAGUGGGUGAUUCGCUUAACAAAAUUUACAAAGAAAACGUUGGGGUCUAAAUCCCAACAGCCCUUCUGAGUCCUCGAGCUUUGCUGCACGCAGUCAGGGUCUCCUGGCCCUCGAGCGGCCCCUAGGCUGGAGGGAGGCAGCGGUCCAGCCGCAGAAGUCUCCUGGGGGGCGGCUGAGCCGAUCUACCAAAGGCCCCACAGUGUGCACUUGGCUUUCCCACCGAGUUUUCGGCUGCCCCCUGACUCCUGACGCUGCAUAUAGCUGGGGCCGGGCGGGUGCCAAGGGGCUUUCCUGAUGCUUACCAUCUCUGCCCUUGGCUGUCUCCCGGGUCCCCCGAGCCAACAAUUAGGCCUCUCCCAGAGACAGCUGUCACCCCAGAUGCCAUGCAGGUCCCGCUGCCUUUGCUCCAGAAGAGUACGGCGUCCCAAGAAGCCACAGCCCAAACCAGCCAGCAUCCCCAAACACCCUGACGUGAGCCCCCCCACUCCUCAUGAUCGGAUUCCUGGAGGACCCCAUCAAAGACCCAGCCCCUGACAACUGGACGCCUCCAGCCACCCCGAGGGCUGUGCGGACGGCAGAGAGAGCCAGGAACGUGCACCAUCAGCACCGGUCGCUGGCAGCCCCUCUCCCCGGCCCCGCCCCCUGGACCGGAGUCUCUGAUGCUCGCCAACUGACGUGGACAGCAACGUUCUGCUCCGGGUGGCCGGGCAGUCUUUCAUUGCCAUGCCAUUGUCCCUCGGAUGCAUCUGGACUGCACGCACCUGACAACAGCCCAUGUCCUCUCCUCGGGACCCAGGUCCGCACCAAGCUGCUGCUCGGACUCUCAGAAAGGAGCUGCCCUUUGCACGGGUGGUCUGACGCCCAAGCCAGACUCCAGUCUGUUCUCGGGACAGCGGACAGCACUCACUGUGUCCCAAGGACCCUGCUGCGUGGGAGCACCCUGGUUUGUUCACGGACUCCCCAAGAAAGGGGGCGAGGGGUGCUCUGGCCCUGGGAGGGCUUGGCAGUGGAGUACCCUUGGGGAAGCAGCUUGGAGCCCCAUCCCGGAAUCCUGGGUAAGGAAAAGCCUUGAGAGCCUGGGGAGGUGGGGAGAGCAGGGCUCAGCUUGUGCUUCAUGCUUUCGGCCUGGGGGGUCUUUGAUGCAGUCCUCAGCCUAGGGCCUGUCCCCAUGGCUAGGGUCACCCUGUUUUCCAAACAGCUUUGGCCCAAGAAGCAUAUGUGAGGGUACGCGUGCAGUAGGCGUGGCUGAGUCCCCACUGGGUAUUAGGGCUCCUCCCCAGACCACACUCCUCACCCAUCCACCGUGCUCCCAGAGCUGAGCCAGGCCUGUAGCGGGCUCUGUCCCUGACCCCAUCCCGACUGCCAGGGGAGGACGGGAGGGACAAAGGAGGUCACCAUGUCACAUGCUGGAUGCCCCUCCAGCAGACAGCCAUCUCCCAAGUCGGGUUGGGUGGCCCAGCAAGGGGAAGGGGCCGGGACCCCUGUGCAGACCCAUGCUGUGCAGAGGGCUCAGGGCCAGGCAAGGAGCGCUGCCCCAGCGUCUGGGGGCCUGGCCAUUCCAGGGACUGCUGGUAGGGUCAGGGCUGGCGGGAUGAGAGCUGGAAUCUUCUGUGUUUGGUUUGUGUUUGGAAAAUUCAUCCUCCUGUUGAACUUCUAAGUGUGACUAUGGUCUGGGAGCUGAGGCAGCUGUGGACUCUUCUCUGAAAUCUCGGAGCCCCCCUGGGUCCCCAGGGUACUGCGCCCCCCUCAGAGACAGAGGUGCCAGGCCCGGCCAAGGACCCAGACUGCUGCACUCGGAUCCCGCGGACACCGGAGCGGGCGCCCGUUUCCCCUGCCUCCCUCUCCUCCUCACCCCGCACCCCUGCCCCGCACCACCGCUGGGCCCUGAUGCAUUUUGCUUAAAUUGUGCAGGCUGAGGCUGGGGGGACUGUGAUGGGGGACUUCUCGUGCCCGUCCCUGCUUCCGAAUGGCUAGCCAGCUGCCCCUCUCACUAGCCCCAGCAGUCCCUGGGGGCCAGAGAAAGAUGGGGUUCCCACGCCCUCCCACACCCACCUCGGAACUCCAUUCUGAGGUCAAGUUAGCGUUAGCCAAGUGCACAAGCAGUGUCAGACGCCUCUCUCACGUAGCUUGUAGCCACAACGUGCCCAUGAUCGGGGACAGGCCGCAGAGGCCCAGCCUCCUCUCUGGCAAAGUGCUAGGACACAGCUUAGUUUCUGUAGGGAGUUUUGUUCUGUGAACAGGAGAAACCCCCGCCCUGUGGGGUGAAGCGGCAUGGACGCAGCCGUGGUCGGGGGCACCCCAGCCGAGGACCCCUGUGUCUCUGUCUGGGCCUCACACCCCGCUCCUUCUCUUUCCCUCGUCUGUCAGCACAUCCGAGUGCUGGGCCCCCCGCCACCAAAGUGUCAGGGUAAUGGCCACACGUCAGGCCCUCGACAUGCCUGUUUCCCUAGGGUGAGCACCGGCCGACACAGCUGGUCCUUUGAGAGGACAGCUCUGUUCUCUCCAAGGGAGAAGGUUAGGGGAGGGGAGUCUCAAUUUCUGUCAAUGCUACAAACAGCACCAAAAAAACCCAAACAAGGUCUCCCAUGCACAAAGCCUCCUGUGAAAUCGCUCCCGCAGCGUGGUGCACAGAAGACAGGUCCUGCUCGGCGAGACACGUCCGGCGGGGGGGCCGCUCUGUGUAUCAUUGGAACGUGUUUCUUUUCCUUUCCUCUCCUUUUUCCAUUCUGAUUUUUUUUUUGCAUGUUUCUUUUUGAAAAUGGACAAAAUGUGUAACAGCCCCGCAUGACUGUGGUUGUUUUGGGGAAAGAUACUGGAGUAUGAUGUAUUCACACUGCAACUCUGAGCAUUGUGCAGUUAGGCAAACGUCCCGACUUUUUUUGUAAUCGUCAACAGCACAACUAUUUUGUAUUGUUGUUUGUAUCAUUUUGUACCAAAAAAAAAAAAAAAAAAAAAAAAAAAAGGAAGCGCGUCGAUGUUUUCUCAGUGUUUCUAGUGCCAGGCGGUCUUGGUCCCAAACUGAGUAGCGGCUUUGCCGAGUUGUCGUGUGCUGGAGCGGAGUCGGGCAUUGGCUCACUGCUCCAGAGGAGUCAAUAAAGUCCCCCUUUUAAAUA